AUGACCUUAUUCGGAACAUUUGUAACCGAAUCAUUGCAGAGAUCGUGGCAUCUUUGGCGGAAAAAGUCCACCUGUCGCGUUUCCAACGUAGGCCGCUACUGUUUUGAUUUCACUCACUGGAAUAUCCUAGUCUCUUGGGUUAUCAUCAUCGCCGAACUCGUCGUCGGAACCGUCCCAGACCCACCCUGGAUGCGCAUUCUGGCGAUGCCAGUGCCUUCGAUUUUCCUCGUCUUCGCACUCGAGAUGCUGGUUUUCGAGUUCAUGUACGUUUUCGAGGUGCCCACCCCGUUCCGCAUUUCCUCCGUUCCGAAAGGGGAACCAAUGCGUCCUGCUCUGUAUGCACUUCUGGAAGACAUCAUCGCGGUGGAUGGUAAAGGAGGAACAAGAUUUAGGGACCGCCUGGAUCAGCGAUACAAAUGCAGUCCGCCAUUUCGCAGUAUGCUGCACCGACUGACGAUGCUAUGGGCGGUGCCUCAAGUGGUGGUAGCGGGGGGAACGCUGGCGGGAGUUUUCAUUGCGGACCGUGAACUGGCUUACACG